AUGCAGGCUCAGCAGGGGGACGAUGGUGAUGUAGCUAGCAGUAUUCCACUCUUUUUGACGAUAUUUCUGACGGUUUUCACAGCCGUCGGGAACCUGAUCGCGUUACUCGUACUGGGCCAAAGCAGACAGCUCAGGUCACCCGCCCAUUUCCUAAUGGCCAACCUCGCCGCCCUUGACUUCCUAACAGGGGGCGUGGUUAUGACGUUUACCAUCGACCACGCCCUCAAUGCAGAGACAAUGAGCCCUGUGAAUGAUUACAAUGCGGGUUGUCAGUUGGCUGGUUUUCUUCGUGUGUUGUCAAUCUCUGGAUCAUCUUUCACCUUGGUGGCACUGAGCUACGAGCGUUACGUCGCCAUUAUUUAUCCACUCAAACACACUCAUAUGAUCACGACUCAAACAGCCGCAGUGUACUCAAUCACUAUCUGGAUUUUAGCCGUCUUCAUUGCAGUCAUGCCCUUUUGGGGAGUUGGGAAAUACCAAUUUUCUGAUCACCAGCUGAUCUGCUGGCCACAGGGGGUCAAUGGAGUCGCAUUCGUCAUCAUGUUCCUUUCGUCCGCCUUCGCGGCUACUUUCCUCACUAUGAUUCUGAUGUAUAUUCUAAUAAUGAAGGCCGUUCGUAGACACCGGAGUAUUAUUCACGCCCUCGUGCUACGCAUUGCGCAAGGAUUCACGGGCAAAAAGGUGGAGAAGUUUCGAGCAACUCGAACCAUCACCCUCGUUCUCGGUGUGUUCUUUAUUUCCUGGAUCCCCUUCACUUUUACCCAAAUCUCAUCGAUUCUCGCGAGUGAUACGAGACUUGAAGGCAUGCGGAAGAUCCUCGCACCGUUCCUGUACGUCAACUGCGCCAGUAACCCGUGGAUCUAUUGUGGAUUGAACGCAACUUUUCGCUCUGCAUUUAAGAAAAAGCUCCAUGAUUUUUUACAGUUCGUUCGACGAGUGGUCGCUGCGCUGUUUUACAUCCAUAACCCGCCGGCAAUAAUACCCGAACACCAACGGGUAGUCUAUGACGGUACUGAGCAGAACACACAUUACGCUCCCAACAUAAGAUUUGUGAUCGUUCAACCCAGUACCACCUGA